CUCCUCUAUUGUCCUCUUAUGGAGCCAAAAAAACCGCUUUAAACCAGGACACCGUUAAUUCCAUGUAAGUGAACGACUUUCUAAACAGAAUUAAAGACACUGUGAGACGCAGAAAGGUGGACUUCUUUUCUAAAUUAAAAAAUAAAUAAAUGAAAAACACGCUGCCCUCCUUUUUACGCAAACAGCAAAUACAACCUUUCCAGACAGAUCCAGCAGGUUCUGGCGUCUGGUUGGAUUUUUACGCAGCGCGCUCGGAUCAGAUGAAGGAUAAAGAAAAAGGCCACCGGCUUCCAAACAUCUCUUUGUUGUCUCCCACCUCCACUUUGAAACGGGGACCACGGCUUGACAGGACCUGAGAGGCGUCAUGUGACUCUGCAUCUGCUCUCAGUUGUGGAUAAGAUAACCACGCAACCGGAGAGAGAGAGAGAGAGAGAGCGGCAGAGAGAGGGCAGCGCCGAGGAGGAGCUUAUAAGAUCCACUGCGCGCACCGUCGGCACCAAAACUUACCGUCUAUCCAUCCAUCCUCACCUCUCUCCGGCGCGCGCACACACGGACUCUGCGUUGGUUUUAAUCUGAUUUUUCCCUCCUCCUCCGUCGGAAGGUGCACAGGUGCAUCCCCCACGCCGCCCCGCUCGCUCUGCGCUGAGUUGAUUAUGGUCACAACCCCCGCGGUGCCAAGGUGGAGCCACCGCGCGUAUCUCGGAUCGGUGCGCUUCUCCAGGGGCUGGGAUGCGCACCGGGCACCUCUCGAUUCCUGCCGAGUUUCGGGUCUGAGCCGGAGUCCAGCGCGGCCCCGGGGCGCCGCGGCAGGAGGACCCAGUCGACCCGGAGCAGGAUGCCGGUGAUGAGAGGGCUGCUGGCCCCGCAGAACACCUUCCUGGACACCAUCGCCACCCGCUUCGAUGGCACCCACAGCAACUUUGUUCUGGGAAACGCCCAGGUCCAGUCGCUCUACCCCAUUGUCUACUGCUCCGACGGGUUCUGCGAGCUCACCGGUUAUGCUCGCGCCGAACUCAUGCAGAAGAGCUGCGCGUGUCACUUCCUGUACGGCCCGGAGACGAGCGACCGGUCGACGGCUCAGAUCCAAGGAGCUCUGGAUGACCGGAGGGAGUUCAAGACCGAGCUGGUCUUCUACAAGAAGGAAGGUACACAGUUCUGGUGUCUCCUGGACAUCGUGCCCAUUAAGAAUGAGAAAGGCGAGGUGGUUCUGUUCCUCGUGUCCCACAAAGACAUCACAGAUAAGAAGAAGGACCAGGAUCCUGAACAAGGGCCUGACACUGAUGAGGAGACGGGUUUGGAGGUGCAUCAGGUAACUCGCCCGCCGGGCUUCAACGCCAACCGGCGCCGCAGCCGAGCCGUCCUCUACCACCUGUCAGGACACCUGCAGAAACAAGACAAGAGCAAACUCAAGAUCAACAACAACAUGUUUGGGGAGAAACCUCCGAUCCCAGAGUACAAAGUGGCAGCCAUCCAGAAGUCUCGCUUCAUCCUGCUGCACUACGGCACCUUCAAGGCCGGCUGGGACUGGCUGAUCCUGCUGGCGACCUUCUACGUGGCCGUCACCGUCCCCUACAACGUCUGCUUCACGGUGGGCGGCGGGCGGGACGAAGGCAGCAGCAGCGCCCCCCGGAGCCCACCCAGCGUCAGCGACAUCCUGGUGGAGAUCCUCUUCAUUCUAGACAUCUUGCUGAACUUUCGAACUACAUUCGUGAGCACGUCGGGUCAGGUGGUGUACGACGCCCGCUCCAUCUGUGUCCACUACGUCACCACGUGGCUCUUUGUGGAUCUCAUCGCCGCCCUGCCCUUCGACCUGCUGUACGCUUUCAACGUCAGCGUGUACUUUGGGGUCCACCUGCUGAAGACGGUUCGGCUGCUCCGGUUGCUUCGGCUGCUGCAGAAGUUGGAGCGUUACUCCCAGUACAGCGCCGUGGUCCUCACCCUGCUCAUGUCCAUGUUCGCCCUGCUGGCCCACUGGAUGGCCUGCGUCUGGUACUUCAUCGGUCGCAGGGAGAUCGAGAGCCCCGGAUCCUGGGAUAUUGGUUGGCUCCAUGAACUGGCCAAGCGUCUGGGAACUCCCUACUUCCUGUCUCCGCUGUCAUCAUUGGUUCCCUCAACGGUCAGCAGCCUCCUGACCAGCAGCAGCAGCCAGUGGAACAGCUCCAAGGCCGCAGGACAGAGCUGGAACUCCAGCCAGAUCUACGGGAAUGUGUCCGGUGGAGGCGGAGGAGGAAACCUGGGCGGCGGUCCAUCGAUGCGCAGCAGCUACGUCACCUCGCUGUACUUCGCUCUGAGCAGUUUGACCAGCGUCGGGUUUGGAAACGUGUCGGCCAACACGGACUCAGAGAAGAUCUUCUCCAUCUGCACCAUGCUGAUCGGAGCGCUGAUGCACGCCGUGGUGUUCGGUAACGUCACCGCCAUCAUCCAGAGGAUGUACUCGCGCCGCUCGCUGUAUCACACCAGAACCAAGGACCUGAAGGACUUCAUCAGGGUCCACCGGCUGCCCAAGGCCCUGGAGCAACGCAUGCUGGAGUGUUUCCAGACGACCUGGUCAGUCAACAACGGCAUCGACGUCAGUGAGCUCCUGAAGGACUUCCCUGACGAGCUGAGGGCCGACAUCGCCAUGCACCUGAACAAAGAGCUGCUGCAGCUGCCUCUGUUCGAGUCGGCCAGCCGAGGCUGCCUUCGCUCCCUCAGCCUCAUCAUCAAGACCUCCUUCUGCGCUCCAGGAGAGUUCCUCAUCCGACAGGGAGACGCCCUGCAGGCCAUCUACUUUGUCUGCUCCGGCUCCAUGGAGGUCCUGAAAGACAACACUGUGCUGGCUAUUCUGGGUAAAGGAGACCUGAUCGGCUCCGACUCUCUGACCAAGGAGCAGGUGAUCAAGACCAACGCCAACGUCAAGGCUCUGACCUACUGCGACCUGCAGUACAUCAGCCUGAAGGGGCUCCGCGAGGUGCUGCGACUUUACCCCGAAUAUGCCCAGAAAUUCAUCAGUGAGAUCCAACACGACCUCACGUACAACCUGCGAGAAGGACAUGGAGCCGACGUGGAUUGGGAAAGCAACGGCGGCCUGGUGAAGAAGCUUCCGUCCAUCCGCGAGGACGAGGAAGGCGACGAGGAGCCCAACUCAGUGUCUCGGGCCCCUCGGUCGCCGCUGCAUCUUAGCCGAGGCCUCAACUCGCCGCUGCGUUCCCCCCUGCUGCCUCCGAGGCCUUUCAGGGCCCCGUCCGACUGCCGGCCCUCCACCCUGCAGAUCCCAGUGGUCAGCUUCAGCAGCGCACCGCCUGAACUCAGCCCCAGAUUCGUGGACGGUAUUGAAACCGAGAGCAACUCCACGUUGUCGCAGAAGUUUGAGUUCAGCCCCAGUCUGUCGCCUGCAGGUCCACCUUCUCCAUAUCCAGGGAUCCGAGAACACUCAGAGAUCAAGCAGAGUGUGUCCAAACUGACUGAGGAGAUGAACAGUCUCUCUAAACAAGUCUCUACACUCAGUCAGGAGCUGCAGGAAAUGACACGCCUGCUGAAGCCCCUCCUCCAACCAGCGCCUCAGCCCGUCCUGAUGACCAUGAUGCCAAACCUGACCCCGCCCCCCAGCAGCGCCAGCCAGCUGUCAUCCGCCUGCCUGGUGCCACCACCCAUCGCCACACCUUGUUCCCUGCAGAGACCCGACACUCGUUCCCUAUUGGACAGCGGAGACAUCGAGGGUGUGGACUUGCCAGGAUGCCUUCUCCCGACUCCUCAUUCACCACAAAGGCCUAAUUCAUCUCCCCCAGCACCGGCGCAGCCCCCGCCCAACCCCCUAGGGGGCAGCAUCACGAGGCCCAGCCUUUCCUCACCAGAGGAAGGACUUCCAGAGGGGUCCCCGGUCCCCCGAAGCCUGCACGCUUCCUCCAGUAAUGGGAUAUUUGUUCCGUCGCUGCAGGACCAGCCUCCCCUGGCAUCCCACACCCCGUCGCCUUCCCUCUCCUUCUCCUUGUCCCUCGCCUCCUCACCGUCCCUCUCCCCCUGCCAGGGUCCUCACCUGUCCAGACAUGGCAGCUGUGCCGGCAGAGGUCUCCUCCCUCCGCCUCCCUCCCAGGACGCCCCUCGCUCCCCGUCCUCUCACUUCUCAGCUCCCCCGUCCCUCACAUCCUCCCCUGGAGCUCAUCGGCGGCGACCUUCCCCGUCCGCCCCCGUCGUGUCCACCUCCACCCCCGCCCACCCAUCCACCGUCUCCCUGCCGCUGUCUCUGGACUUUGCGAGAAGAGAUACCCAGACUUGGUGUAACUCUCAGCAGCACCACAGGGGGGAGGCAAGGGAUGGUGCUCGCCCCCAGGAGCUGGAGAUGCAGGAGUGGGGGAGGCAGGUGGAGGAGGGGAGGUCCUCCACGGAGCACAUCAGCUUCAUCGACGAAGAGGAGCCGGCGUUGUGAGAGACAGAGUAGCAGGAAGAGGUCGGGUCAGAGCAGGGAAGCAGACAGCUGGUUCAUCUCACACAGGCAGGUAAACACACCUGGGAGCCUGAGACACAACGCCAGCUGUCCGCAAAUCAGCCCCAACCAGUGCUUUUUCUGCACCGACCAACCACAGCAGCACAAAUUGUCUUACAGUAUCAACAGUUCAGUAGCACGAGGACACACAGGACCAGAGCACAUCCUUUUAUCCGGCUCGAAUUUAGCUCUUUGCAGCUAAGCGAACACACAAUGUUGCUUUUUGAUCCCAGUACGGAUGUCUCCUCCUCUUCAAAGGGCAAGUAGAGGCUCCUAAAUGCAGACAAGAUGGUUUACCUAUGGAGGUGACAUGAAAAAAAGUGGAAGCUGGUCUUGUUUUUGUUGUGUUUUUGCACAAAAAUCCUCAUCAUGCAUUCUUCACUUGGUGCAGGAAUCACUAAGAUACAGAUACAGACUGAAGUCUAAGUAGCUUUUAUGCAUUUUUUUUUGCUCCUGUUGCAUUUUUGCUUCACUGUGGGAUCAUUUUUCACUGAAAUAUAAAGUCAUGCACCUCUGUGGAAACAGAACAACCAUGACUAGAAGGAAAGAGAACUCACAGAUGACUUCUGUACAGUUUGGCCCAUUUAGAAUGCCUUUUUUUUUUUUUUUUUUUUUUAAAGAAGAAAAGCUAAAGUUACUGAAUGUAAAAGCAGUGGAUGACUGAACAAUAAAAAGGCGUACCACUGUUUAUUUGAUUAUUUAUUUUUAACAAUUAAAAACAAAACAAACAAAAAAAUAUUACUCCACAUAUUCAACAUUUUUUCAUUUUUAAACAUGCUGAUUCCAGGUUUUUCAACUUUUGCAAAAAAUAUAAUCAAAGCAAUUCAACCUUCAUUCUUUCUUAUUUCAUGUUGUAUGGCAUUCUAACGGUUUCAUACCGCACAGAAGAUAUUUCUGAGUUCUCUCUACUUGUUGUCAUGAUUGUGUUGUUUCCAUAGAGGUGCAGGACUUUAUACUGCAGUAAAAAAAAAAAAAAAAGAGCACACAGUGAGUAAAACUGUGACAGAAGCAAAAAACAUCCAGAAACUGCUUGGAGUUCAGAGGGUUAAUAAAUUGUUUCAUAUAGUAAAUUUGCUUUAAAUUUUACACAAAAGGCUUAAACAUACAUUUUAACAUAUUUAAAAUUCAUACUACCCAAUUUAAAAUACUGAUUUAAUACAUCUUGGGUUUAUUCACUUUUAAGGUAUAUUUAAAAUGAAGAAAAUUUGUAUAAUUUUUUAAAAAGGCUGUGUGCUGCUUGACAGUUAACAAAAACAACAUGAAGAAGACCAACUUCAGCUCUUGAUUGUACUUUCUUACAAGCACAGACAGCCAUUGACUCCGUGGAUGCAUAGUUAUUGUUCUAAUACCACUUUCUGGUCCAUUGGAGUCUGCUUGGAGAACUUAGCUCCAUACAUGUGCAGUAGGUCAUAUCUAUGUAUUCCAUGCAUGCACACUGCUGCAGCGCAUGCACACUGUUGGGUUUGUAGAGAACAAAUUUUGGGCUGCAUUCAGACGUCUGCACAGACUUCAGGAGACGAUGAAAUUAACAGACCCUCAUGUAUCACUGACACAGACAGUAUAACACUGGCCAAUUCAUGGUUUCCGCAUCUCAGUGCAAACCAAACUGUAGCAUCGUGUCAGUGGUAAGUCCUGAGGUGUGUUGAGCUAGCGACAGGCUAGCGGACCCAGCACGGGAUUUCUGGAGAAUUUAAAACACCGUAAUCUGUUUGCGCUCUGUCAAUGGAAAGCAUGCAGGUACAAGGGGUUGAUCAAAAAGUUGCAAGACUGUUCACGCGUGUGCAACAUGUGCAAGCAAUAACUGUCAGAGUCACGAUGCUGCAUGACAUCACGCUGUCAGCAUCAGGACCUGUGUUAGGCAAGUUCUUGUGACCACUGGUUUGUAAUUUCACCGUGGAGCUCAAACUUUCAUGGAGAGCAUCACAUUCUGUGUCAGUCACCUUCACGUGGAUUAUCAUCAUUGGUGACCAGAGGAGGGUCUGCAGCUACCAUCAAGAGAAGAAGCAGCAGAUUUCACAGCUGCAGUCAGGAGCAUCAGGAGGAUACUUCCUGUUUUCUUCAACAUUUACAUGGUUGUACACCAGGGAUGGACUGUCAAAGCAGAUUUACUGAAAUGUAAUGAGGUAUCAGAGGGAGAACAUUUGAACAACCUGACCUGUGGUGUGAUGGCAUGAGGUUGCUCCAAUGUGCUGUGCACCCAAACACAAUUUGAUAAUUAUGCAUCCAUUUUUUGGCCACAACAACAAAGUUGCAGCUCUCCACCCAACCUACUCACCAGAUUUACCUCCUUGUAACUUCUCCCUCUUCCCCAAAUUCCCAAAUUCAAGUUGAAGGGUCAGUUAAGAGGCAUCAGUGCUCAUUGCAGUGCUUUUACAUGUUUGCAUAUCAGGACAACACUUGUAGGGAGCGCUACAAGAGUUGCAGGAGCCCUGGGAGCUCUGCAUAAGGAGAGUAUUUCGAAGUGGAUGGCAGCAAAAUUUAACUCAGGUUUUAAAAUUUUUGGGGGCACAGUCUUGGAACUUUUUGAUCAAUUCUCAUAUAAAUGAAAACACCUUCAAUGUCCGGCAGCGACUACUCCAGUUAUUACUUCUUAAUGAUGAAUUGUUACGGUCUGGAUGAAGGAGAAUCUGCUCAUUCAACCUCUCUUCAUAAAAAUAUUUGUAUUUAAGCACCACAUUUGUUUCUCAGCACAAUUGCAGUCAGUGUGCACAAAUUUUGAGUUGCACAUGGAAAUCCUCAAAGGGGUCUGUGUGGAUUCUGAUGAACUUGCAUCAUGUAUAACCUUGCAAACAGAGAAAGCAUGAACUGGUCUAUAGAGAAUUGGUCCACCAUCUUGUCUGCAGCUAGGUCCCCUUGUUACAAACACACAUAUCUCAGCAAGAAACAGGUCUUCACCCAAACCAGAUAAUCCGAGCCACCGCACUGGGACUGGGAAUGUAAGUCUUCGUUCAGUCUUAGUCACAUAAGGUCACCUCACCCAAAAAGCCAUCAUCGUUGGGAAACACAUGCCGCUGACAUCGAACCAUCUCCUCCUCCGAGUCAUACGCACCUCAUUGCUCAUGUUUGCAGAAAAAUAUGUUUAAAUAGGUUUUAACUUCAGACAAAAAUAUCCACAUUUUCUUUCCCUGUAUCAGAAGUACACGAUAAAGUCAGCAGAUGGCUCCAUUUGAAGGUGGACCUAAAAGUUCAGUUGGGUUGUAUGCCAAAGAGAAGAAGAACGAAAGUGUGGAGAAAAGCUAAUAUCAUACAGAGCACCCUUAUAUCACUGUUUAUCACCAUCAUGACUGUUUACAACCAGCCUAUCAGAUUGUAUAUCAGACUCCCGCACCAUCGCUGAGCUUUAGCCAUCCAGCCAUUCGUGCCUUCUCCAUACAAAGACAUCCCUAAAGUCCCUUCACCUGUUUAUAACUGCAGGUAAGCAUUUGGAUCAAAAUUUACAUAGAAAGCCAUCCGUGUCACCUAUGGAGAACACUUGCACCUUUUAUCGAAAGUGUAACUAAUUUAUUUAUUUAUCUAGGCUGUGUAUUUAUUUAUUUUUUGUUGGAGAAAGCGGUGAGGAAAUAUGUUGCACGUCUGGGAGAUGUAAGAGAAACAAGCAGGGGAGGAAGGUUUACUUGACUAACUGGAUGCACUCUGACCUGAGAAGCUGAAACGCAUUUUUACACAUUUGAUACGUAACAUUGCUCCUUCAUCAGUGUGUAAUAGUGACGGCAUUCUGUUAUUUAGACACCAGUCAGGUUUAAUAUACCUCAGACAACCUCACUACAGCAGUACAAUAUUUGUCAUACAGACGAUACAGAACAUCAAGUGAUCUAUAUUACAUAAUAGUAAUCUCACCUGUCUGAGGUAAAUAAACGUUCACAGCUGCUGUUCGAUCCUGAUUCAUCCUGUCUUCAUGUUGGGAUCAUUUAUAUUUACACCGAUAGGGCAUAACAUUAUGACCACCUACCUAAUAUUGUGUUGGUCCCCCUUUUUCGUGAAAAAUGCUCUGAACCCUUGGGCCUGGACAAGAGGACCUCUCCGGGUGUCCUAUGGGGUCAGGCACCAGGAUGUUGGCAGUGGAUCCUAUGGGUACUCUGGGUUGUGCAGUGGGACCUCUUUGAAUCAAACUUGUUCCUCUGCAUCUUGUUGAUGCUUGAUCAGAAUGGGGUUUAGGAAGUUUAGAGGUCAAAUCAACGUCUGGGGCGAUUGUCAUGUUCCUCAAGAUGUUUCUGACUGUUUGAUGUUUUGCGAUGUGGUUGGGUGCGUUUUCCUUUUGGGGUAGGCCGGUGACAUUUGGGAUCGCCAUUUGCAUGAAGGAGUGUAUUUGUUCUGGGACAGUGUUUAUUUGGGUGUCUAAGUCUCAUCAACACGGAUGCCAAAAUCCAAGGUUUUCCAGCAGAACACCACAAAGUACCAAUUUGAUCCAUGUUAUUCACUUCACCUAUCAGUGGUCAUAAUGCUGUGGCUCAUCAGUGCAUAAAUAAUCAUUGAAGUUACUGUUGUUGUUGUUCAAGUUGCAUAAAUGCAACGACUAACAUGAAUCCUGCUGCUGUCUGAUGCUGCAGGUGGUUAAAAAAUGUAGAUUCCUAAACAGCUGGAUGCAACAAAUUCAACUUCAGCUACUGUUUGCCUCCUGGAUUACACUCAUUAUUGGUGAAUCUCAUUAAUCUGACCUGUUGCAGUUUAAUUUUUAAUGAACAUUUCACAUUGUUUGUGCAAUUAUUAAGGAAAGUGGAUGAGAAAGGUCUUUAGUUAAUUUUCAACUGCGUCGCAUCUCGUAACAGUUCACUUUUAACACGUCACAAUUGUAAACUUCAUAGAGUUUCAUUAACAGAUAUGCAGACAUGCAUAGACUACAAGUUGCGGAAAACAAUUUAGAGGAGGGAUUUUUUCCACCAUAUUUGGUCCAAAAACAUCACAGAGAACACAACACCUUUUCCAUUACUUUACUCUAUAGUUUCACAUCUAUUACUAAACUAAAAUGUCCAUGAAAAUUACACUUUAAUCCAAUGAAGACAGAGUCUGUAAUAGGUCAGAUUAAUGACAUUCUCCAAUAAUUAAAGUUUUUAACUAAAUGGAGCUGAUGUUUGCUUCAGGCUCUUUAGGCUCUUUCCUCUGAGUUCAUUAAAUACCUACAUCAUUGGACAGCAGCAAGAUACAUGUAAGUGUCACCAAUGGUGCUCAUAUGGAUUUGGUGGUAAAGUGGUAGUAAGAUUAUCAUCACAAGUGGACAGAAUUUUCAGUCUUUAGGAAAUCAGAAAUAAACCAAGUACUUAGAUGUCUGAAGACUUAGAUAAGCUGCUAGUAGUUUGGAUUCAGUCUUUUGUUUCUUGGUACAUUUUUAUGUAUUACACAUCAUUAUCAUUGUAUAUGACAAAUAUCAAACCAUGACACUUUCCAUCACUGUGGUGUCUGAAUGCAGCUGUGAGGAACAUUAAAAGUGACAUAUUUCUGAUUGACAGAAUGCUGUUUCUUUAACAGACUGAAGAAGCAGCGAUGCUAUGUAUCUUGUGUCCAAUAGGGGUUUUACUGAAACCUUCCCAAUUCUUAUGUAGCAUACAAACACACUCGUUUCAUCACCUCCAACCCCUUUGCCAACGACUGAGCUUUUUGCUGGCACGAGACAACAGCCGUAGACUAAAACUACAACAUCCAGGCUGCAUUGCUAUGGAGGUCUCAGGACUUCUGUACGUUAUUUUUUUUUUGUUUGUUUUUUUUUGCUUUGGUGAGGUGCUUUGUGCACAACUUGUUACCUGUAAUAUAGACAGUCAGAUUUCUGGUUUCUAUUUUCUGUAACGGGAGCAGGGGAGGCGACUACCUGGACUCUUUACACACUGAAGAUUCGCCGAGCAGAACUCUGAUCAACGUCUGGAGUUCUGAUCCUUGUGGGGGUUUACUCUAAUGUGGGGUGGGUUAGGGUGGGGGGUUUUAAAUCAAAUGCAUGUCACAGCUUCUUUUUUUUUUUUUUUGCAUGAGAAAUGUGCCUGCUUUUGAGCUGUCCAGGGCAGAGGGCUAAUGCGAGUAGAAAACUGCCUGCCCUGUUGGAGGCUGUUGGGUUUCAGAUGUAUUUUAUUAAAGACUACUGUUACAUAAAAACUUAAACCAGGAUUACAAACUGUACAACAAUAAAGAAGUGUUGUUUUCUAA